AUGUCCUCAACUUCUUCAAACUCUGUCUGGAAUUCUGCGAAUAAAAAAUUUAAAAGUAAGGUUGAUAAAAUAUUCCAUAAAUAUCCCAAGUUACCAAAAACGCUCCCAAGAGAAGAUAGUUUGCCCUUACAGAUUGGAUCGAAAGUUUCAGUGAGAGAUUAUAACACUUUUCUUAUCCAAAACGAAAAAACUGGAUAUAAAUUUCAUUGGGAAGGAGAUAACGUAUAUAUUAUUGACAUGGCAAACCCGGAACAUGAGGCUGUAGUAUCAUAUCUUCAAGAUUGUUUUAAAGAACCAAAUAAUGGUGUUAAACUUGGUCCGAUAGAAGUUCUUGGUCAACCAUUUCAUUACAACCCAACUAACAAUAUAGAAAAAAUGGCACCAGAUAUCAUGGUUCGUGGAGAUACAGCUCUUCUAACACAACCGUUAGUUUCUCAUCCUGGUCCUCCUCCUAGCGAUAAACGUCCUCACGGGAGGAUCAUGUGUGAAAUAGCAAGUGCUCAAAACGUCGCUUCCUGGGGAACAAGAUGUGAAAACUGGAUGCACGAACAGUAUAUUAGAUGUGUAUUUGGUGUUAAACUUGAUGACGUAAGGAGUUUUCAAGGAAACGUUCAUAGAUCAAUGAUUGCAAUGCUAUGGACGCGUCGAGCACUGGCAGGGAGUGUAUUAUCAACAAAUGCAACUCUUGCAGGAAACGGAGUUUAUGUUAAACAAUGGGAUUUUGGUACCCUACAAUAUGGCACUAAUACAGCUACCGGUUGCAAUGCUAAUAAUCUUAAUGCAUAUCAAGUAACUAUUCCGGUUUCGGAUGCUUUCUGGGACCCUCCAAUCGUUGGCGGAGUCCCAAAUGUUGCAGAAUACGCUGUGACAGUUCCCGGUACUGUUUUAGGUAAUAAUUUUAUAAUCGAUCUAUAUGAUGUUCAACGAGUAGUUUUAAAAACACAAAAACCGUAA